AUGGAUAGUGGUAUUAUAGCUGAGUUAGAUGACAAUUAUGAUGAAUUGCUACAUGUGAAUGAGGACACAACUGAUCCUGAAUCAAUGGAUGAAGAUACAGAUCAUGUUUUAGUCUACGAGGAAAUACAGUUUUAUUCUGAAUCCAAUUCGAAAGAAAUUACUGUCUUGGACGCGUACCAUAUAUUCGAAGAACGAUAUUCUGGACUUGUUACUGAAGAAUUAAUUGGCUUAGAUGAUUUAUUUGCUUUAAACUUCUAUACGGCUUCAAAUCCGGAGGAUAUCUUCGGCAAUGCAUAUCACACUGCUUUUGUUACUCAAUCGGAUCUUAUAAUGCUUCAUAGAGACAAGAUCUAUCAUUCAACACGUCAUCAAUAUGUGCCAGCACGAGAUCAUCGCUGUGUCAAUUAUCAUACAAAGUAUAUUUUUCAAGUUCCAUCGGCCACACAUGAUCGUGGCCUUUAA